AUGCCGCUGGGAAUACAUAAUCCGCUGCCGUCGUCUAUGCGCAGUUCGUAUCACCUCCCCAAGUCCCCGGCGCACAUUGCUGACAGCCCACAGGCGAAUGCAAAAAGGCGGGCAAGAUUCUGGAGUCCUUUACGAGCCCAUCUUCUCCUAACUCCCCAGGGCCUUGUAAUCUGCACAGUCACUCGAGCCGGCUUCCUGGGAUCCCUUCGGUUCGGAUCCGGCAUUCUCGUCGCCCGUCUGCCAGACGGCUCCUGGUCAGCUCCCUCCGCGAUCGCAACAGUGGGCGGCGGCUUCGGCGGAUUGAUAGGCCUCGAGCUGACGGAUUUCGUCUUCAUCCUCAACGACGACCACGCGGUGCGCACGUUCUCGCAGGCCGGCAGCUUGACGCUCGGCGGCAAUGUCUCCGUCGCGCUAGGGCCCGUCGGUCGCAGCGCGGAGGUCUCAGCUGGAGCCAGCACGAAGGGAGUCGCGUCGAUGUUCGCGUAUUCCAAGACCAAGGGGCUAUUCGGCGGCAUCAGUCUCGAGGGGAAUAUGCUGGUUGAGCGGUCGAGCGCCAACAGAAAAUUGUAUGAUCGCGAGCUUACCGCGCGUCAGCUGCUUAGUGGCGAGGUGCCGCCCCCCAGUGAGGCGGAGGCCCUCAUGCGUGUGCUGCAGUCCGAGGCUUUCCAGCCCAAGGGAUCGCGUCCGCCACUUCAUCCUCCAGCGCCUGGGGGUGCUGAGUUGCCGGCAGCUUCGCCUGUGAGCCCGGUAGGAUCGCAGGCUGCGGCGUCGGGUCAGUCCAUAUCAGAGCUGCCGGAUACGCCGUCAGGUGCUCCGCCGCACCCAGCUGGGUUUGAGCUGCAUGGGGAAUCACGGCCUGGGUUGCCUGCAGAGUUACCAGCGGAAUUGCCGGUUGAUCCUGGACCAGGGACAAAUGUCUCGCAACCUGCUGCAGGAGUAGGCGCGGAUGGUGUUGCUCGGUGA